AGUGCAGCCCACGCCUGCCCCUUCUGCGUUAACCCCCUAAGGACCUCAAAUCCCCGUGGUGCUUUAGGCAGCAAACACCACUGAAGGACCCAGGCAGCCACGUGCGCAGGAUGCUCGACGAUGGCUUCGCGAGGUCAACGCUAAGGGAGUGCACUCCACCCGCGGAAACCGCCACGCGGGACGCGAUCGUUGGGUGCCUUGCAAAAGAAACACUUCAAGGUCCUCUCCAAUAGCAGACAGCAAGAAUGAGAAGGAUGCCAUCUGCCACCCUCAAUAAUCUGGGCUGGCAUUUAUCUACAACCCUAUUUUAGACCCAUGAUUUAUUAGAUACUUCAGAUUAAUGUCCUGUGAACUGCUGGUGAACAAAAGGAAUUACAGUCACUGCUGAGGGUAAAGAUGCAUCACCAAGAGAGAGCCCGUUCCUGUGGAGCACUGAAGCCAUAAGGAAUACUGUUGUGAAAAAUUAGUAACACAAUGAGAAAGUGGCUUUGGAAGCUGCUGAAAACCAGUUGCAACUAGAAAGGAACGAGUUCCACCAGACAGUCCAGGGAUUUGUAGCCUAACAAUCACCCCUGCCUCCUCCUAUUACUAAAACAGGAAAGAAAAGGGAGUAGAGGAUGGAUCCAAGUCAUCGGGAAUAAUGAGCAGUUACAGUACAAGAGACUGAGGCUUGAGUUGUCACAAGUUUGAGGUUAGCCCGCGCUACACAAUCCAAGGGCAGCUGGGGUUAUCUCCCAAGACCCUGUCUCAAAACAAAAAACAGGUUUUGGCACAUUUGCAAACUUCCUGGAAGAGUCAUGGGGAUUCCAGUGCUUCGGUUCUCCCUGGGUAUCAUCCUUGUGCUACUGGUUAUAGCUGGAGCUUUGACCAAUUUGCUCCCCAACAUCAAAGAAGACAAGAUGCUCCCCCUGCGCAGGGAAAUCAAGCCCCAGAGCACAUCAGCCCUGGAUUCUUUUACUCUUAUCAUGCAGACAUACAACAGAACAGACCUCUUACUGAGACUCUUGAAUCAUUACCAGGCAAUACCAAACCUGCACAAAGUGAUUGUGGUGUGGAACAACGUGGGAGAGAAGGGGCCGGAGGAGUUAUGGAACUCUCUGGGACCUCACCCUGUCCCUGUCAUCUUCAAACCACAAACAGCAAACAAAAUGAGGAAUCGGCUCCAGGUCUUCCCCGAACUGGAAACCAGCGCAAUAUUAAUGAUAGAUGAUGACAUACUCAUUAGUUCCCAGGACCUUGCUUUUGGUUUCUCAGUCUGGCAGCAAUUUCCUGACCAGAUUGUAGGAUUCGUACCUAGAAAACACAUCUCUACUCCAUCAGGUGUCUACAAUUACGGAAAUUUUGUACUGCAGGCCCCAGGGUCUGGAAGCGGUGACCAGUACUCCAUGGUGCUCAUCGGAGUCUCCUUCUUCAACAGCAAAUACCUUGAACUCUUCCAAAGGCAGCCUGCAGCCGUCCAUGCGCUGAUUGACGAGACGCAAAACUGCGAUGAUAUUGUCAUGAAUUUCAUCAUCAGCAAGCACACGGGGAAGUCUUCGGGGGUAUUUGUGAAACCUGUAAACAUGGCCCUUUUGGAUAAAGAAACCAAUGGCCAUUCUGGAAUGUGGCACCGGGCAGAGCACUUUCUGCAGAGAUCUUAUUGUAUAAAUAAGCUUGUUAAUAUCUACAAUGGCAUGCCCUUAAAAUAUUCCAACAUUAUGAUUUCCCAGUUUGGUUUUCCAUAUUUCAACCAUGUAAGCAAAAUAUGAACAGGAAACAAACGAAAACAAACCCGAAACACUGCUAGGCUUUUGAGUGGCUUCUCCAUGCUGUGCUUUUUGUUUUUUAAGAAACACCAUGAAUUUUGAUCUAGUCCAUAAGCCUCUACAAUAGAAAAAACAGAACAUGCCGUACUUCUAGUAUAUAAAACGCAUGAACUUCAAAAGCCAAGAAGCCUGUCUUACCCAGACAGGCUUGUUUGUGAAGAGCUUUUGUCCAAGGUUGUAACCCUUGCUCAUGAUAUUAUUGUUUACAUCUCCAGACUUUCAGUCCAAUUUGAGCCCUGGCAUUUGCCUUAAGGACCUACAGCAAACUGUUUUCAGGACCAGAGACUCAAAAGUAACAGCUUCCAGCUUUUCAGUGAAGGUUGAUUGUUUUUAUUUGAAGCCUGAAAUGCUUCUUCAAGUAAUGCCUGCAGGAUAGGAAAAAGCCAUGUAAGGAGAGCUUAGUCUGAACCCCAUGCAGAGAGCCAGGAAAAUUCCUGGUUGCCAGUGUCUUUAUGGCCCUUCUAACCAGAAUUAACUUUGACCAGCGUGGUUUUCAGGAAGCUGUCAGUGCUGGUAAUUUUGUUGUUAAGCCUGUUGUAACUAGAAAGGUAAGUUUUCAUGGCUGACCAGUGUCUAAUUGUUUUGCUUUGUUUUUGUUUUUGUUUUUUUCUGUAAGCCUACACUGCAUGGAUCACUAAAAUGUGCAACCCAUGUCUCUCAUAUGCAACCUAUACACAGCUAGAAUAAAAGUGUUACUGCUGUCUGUCACUGUGUGUGACCAUGAGAAUGUACAUUAUUUCUUACCUUUUACAGAACGUGUUUAGUAAAUAGUAUAAAAGAACUUCUGAAAGAAUGGCUAAGUAGAAGCUAGCAGACAUUAAAAACCUUAGUAUCAGAGAUCUUUAUUAUUACAGCAUAGGUUUUCUUGUAAAUAUUUAAUAACUGUCACACAAAAAUGUUUGCAUCCAGAAGCCUGGAUUUUGUUGGGAUUUUUUUUUUUUUAAGUCAAAAGGCACUAUUCAUCAUGAUAAAAUUUCAAUUGCAUCGUUGCAGGAAUAAAUAAAUAAAUAAAUAAAUAAAUAAAUAAAUAAAUAAAUAAAUAAAUUGAAUGAAUGAAUGAAUGAAUGAAUGAAUGAAUGAACUGAGCCACCAUGUGAGAAGGCUGUGGGUCCCCACAGUUGUUCACUGUCACUGUUACCAUUGCCCUCUCAUUGGUAUGGGAACCAGUGUCUGUGUCCUUGUCUGGUGUUUUUAUGGUUUGUCUUUGUUCCCCAUUACUGAAAAGGAAACACUCGAUCGGGUCUCUGUGCUUCACCCUUCUUCUCCUUAUAUAAAAUCUACACAUUUUCAAAGGAGUGAAGAUAGCAGAAUAAUAACAGCUGAAGCUCCACUGUAUGAGCUCCCUGCUGUCAGUUCAAUGUCGGUCUGUCUGUCUAACAACAGAGUGUAUAUGUGUGUCUUAAUGCAAUCCUGUAUUUUUUUUCUUAAAAUUUACCUCAUUAAAUGCUGUGUUAGUUAUCUUUCUCCAGAUUUGGCAGUACAUUUUUGCCUCUUGGUAGUCCGCUGUCAAAUAAAUAAACUUCAGCUCUUCA